AUGUAUGAAUCAAUCGGGUGUUCGAACUCGGGGAGGAAGAGCGGUCCGGGCGAGAAGAGACAAGAGGGUGGGUGGGGGGAAAGGAAACAGGCAGAGACGGGGAAGAGGAGGGUAUGGGCAAUUUCCAUCCAAACCUACCACAACAGAGAAACCAGAGGGGUUCAGUUGAUAGAUGGACUACCCGCGACAGUUUUUAUGGAUAUGUUGGAUGGCGAUGCAGAGGGUGGUCGGUGGGAGGACGACGGCACCUCAGUCGCAAGAGCCGAGAGCGACGGGAAAGGCAAAGAAAAAGACGGUCGAAAACCUGGACAGCCACCACCACGAAAGUCAGCACGAUGUGAUGCAAAAGAUGUCAAUGAGAAAGGAAGAUGUCUGGAGAAGGGAAUCCAAGAAGAGGGGUGGGCCGUGGGAGGUGAGUCGUUCUACCAAGCGCUUGGGUAUGUCAGCGGUGGCAUCACGCAGAGCCGAAGCGAGUCAGGAGAACCAAAAGGCCAGGAAAGGGGGAAAGCAGGUGCAAAGAAAGAUCAAAGUCAUGUUGAACGAUGGACAGGAACCUACCUGAUCGAUAUGCACCAAAAUUUCGAAGGAAAAUGGUCAAGAGAAUGGGCGAGAAGAAGUCGGGUUGGGUCGAAGAGAAGGUUGAGGAGGGAGAGAGAGAGAGAGGAAGAGGGAGUGGGCGCUGGAUGGAUGGAUGGAUGUGGUUUCACCCAAAGCGAGCAGAGGUGGCCUGGGUCGGUGACAAUCCAUCCUCUUGAAUGCACCCUUUUCCCCCCACAGACAUCCCCCGACUUCCUUUCAGAUGCGAAUUGA